AUGAUUCCAGCAAGAUCCCUCACGCGCACCGCGCUGCCCCGAGCUGCCCGCUCCGCUCGCGCCUCGCCUCGUGUCCACCAGGUUCGCUUGCAGUCGACCACGACAUCAUCAUCGUCGUCUUCAGGCGGGUCUGCACAGUCACCAUACCUGGCAGGCGCUGUCGGCGGUCUCGCGGCUGGUGCUGCCCUGUAUGGCAUCUACCUCGUCAGCCCUGCUGGCAAGGUUUCGCGUUCCAUCAACAAAACUACCAAGGAGGCACAAAAGAAGUACAAGGAGGCCGCGGCCAAGUUCCAAGAGUCCACGCCGGACGCUGACCAGACGGUCAACUACAUCAAAGACUUGUGCUACAGCUACGUGGGCUGGAUUCCCGGCGGCCGGCAGUACGUAGACACAGCCUUCAAGGACUACGAGAAGGUACGCAAGAACCACAAGGACGAGGCGGACGCCAUCUUGAAGGACGCAUACAACCGCUUCAAAGAGGUCAGCAAGGGCGGGCUGAGCCUGGAGACGGCAAGGAAAGGACUGGACGUCCUCGCGGACGUCGUGAAGAGUGUGGCCGAAUUGGGUAAGGACGCCGCCGGCGACCUGCUCGAUGAGCAUCCUCAGGUGAAGGAGAAGUUCGGCGGCAGCAUCGACCAGCUCAAGCAGCUGGGGGAGCAGUACGGCCCCGAGGCCAAGAAGCAGGUCGACGAGACAUGGAAGCAGGUGGCCGAUAUUAUCAAGGGCGGUUUCUCUGCGGAGAGCAUAAGCAAGGCCAAGAACCUCAUCCAGGAGAAGACGGAGCAAGUCAAGAAGAUGGGGGACGAGGCGUGGAAGAAAGGCCUUGAAGAGGCAAAGCCCCUUCUGGACAAGAACCCUCGCAUCAAGGAGCUGAUCGAGAAGAAUCAGGAUGCGCUGAAGCAGGGAAAUGUCGGAGAGCUCUUUUCCAGGGCCCGCAGUGCGGUGGAGAGUGGCGAGACAGGUGAUCUGGAGGGCUACGUCAACCAGGCCGUGGAGAAGGCCAAGUCCAAGGGAUCGCAGGUGGCAGGUGGCUCAGGGCUUGAGCAGUUUCUGGGCAAGAUCCCCAAUGGGAGCGAGAUCUUGCCGAAGCUGCAGCAGCUGAAGGAGGUUGCAGAGAAGCACACUGACGAGAGCGAGAAGCUGGUCCGCGAGACUCUGCAGGAGCUGAAGCAGGUACUUGAGAGCAAGUCCGAAAAGGCCAAGGAGAUUGUUGACAAGGCCAAGAAGGAGUCCUCGAAGUAA